AUGCUCUCGAUAUUGAGGAAAGCGCGCCUCAAGGACAAGGAAAUGAGGAUCCUGAUGCUAGGACUGGAUAAUGCAGGGAAGACGACGAUAGUAAAGCAGAUUAUGAACGAGGAUGUGAAUACCGUCAGUCCUACCUUGGGAUUCAUCAUCAAGACGAUUGAAUACGAUGGAUACAAGCUGAACAUCUGGGAUGUUGGCGGCCAAAAGACGCUGCGAACCUACUGGAAAAACUACUUUGAACAGACAGACACGCUCAUCUGGGUGGUGGAUGCAACGGACCGCGAGCGCAUCGAGGAUUGUCGACAGGAGCUGGCAGGCCUGCUGCAAGAAGAGCGACUCUCGGGCGCCAGCCUGCUUGUCUUCAAGAACAAGAGCGAUGUCCCUGGCGCCAUGACGGAAGACGAAGUCCGCGAGGCUCUCCGGCUGCAAGCCAUCACGACACACAAGUGGCACAUCAUGCCGUGCAGCGCCAUUACAGGCAUGAAUCUGCGCCAAGGGUUGGAGUGGGUGGUGCAGGACGCCAAAGCCCGCCUGUUCUUGUACUGA